AUGACGAAGCGAACGCGCGCGAGAGACGAUGAAGACGACGGGACGCGCGACGGCGCGACGGCGAGGACGCGGAGGGGCGGGAAAUUGCGAGUGCUGGAGAUGUACUGCGGCGUCGGCGUCAUGCACGCGGCGCUGCGACGCGCGCGAGGCGACGAAGCGGAGGUGUGCGGCGCGUACGACGUGAAUCCGAACGCGUGCGACGCGUACGCGAUGAAUUAUGGGACGCGACCGUCGCAGAAGAGCUUGGUGAGCGUGGCGAUGGAGACGCUGGUGAAGACGAAGGCGGAGGCGUGGGCGAUGUCGCCGCCGUGUCAACCGUUCACGCGCGCGGGGUUAAAGUUGGACGUCGACGAUGGGCGCGCGGAGAGCUUCAUGCGGUUGGUGGACGAGAUGGUGAAGAUGGAUGCGAGCGCGCGGCCGAAGUACGUGUUCGUCGAGAACGUGGUGGGAUUCGAGACGAGUCGCAUGCGAGACGCGCUGCGAGACGCGCUCUCCGCGUCGGCGUUCCACGCGCAAGAGUUCAUACUCACACCGACCAUGUUCGGCGUGCCUUACAGUCGGCCGAGAUAUUUCAUGCUCGCCCGUUCGACGCGCGCGUUUGAGGACGGCGUGGACGAGAUACGACGCUCGCCUCCGCCGAGCAAGCUGUCGCAUCGCAGGGAGUGGAUUCCGGAUUUCGACGACGUCAGGGACGCCGACGUCGUCGUCGCGCCGCUCUCGAGGUUUCUGGAUCGUGCAACCGAUGAUAUUUGGCGCGCGAACGCGGUCAAGCAGGAUGACGUGGAUCGCGCCAAGGGUAGCAUAGACAUAGUCACCGCUGAAGACACGACGUGCAACUGCUUCACAAAGAGUUACUACAAAUACGUCAAAGGCACGGGAUCCGUCGUGGCAAAUCAAAGCGUCGACAAGGCUACGUGGGACGGGCGCAUGGGCGAUGGCGCGAGCGACGUACGUUUAAGAUAUUUUACCGUCGAUGAGGUCGCACGGUUGCACUCACUUCCGAAUGAUUUCGCGUGGCCGUCGAACUUGACCACUCGUCAAAAGUACACGCUUUUGGGCAACUCGAUGAGCGUGGCGUGCGUCGCGCCCCUGCUCGACUAUCUCUUCGCUGAUUAG